AAAAAAAAGGCCACGUGCAGGCCUAGUCACCCACGCCUUUGAAUCCCCAUUCUUUCAGUUAUUUUCUUUUCCAUUUAGUGCCACCCAAAACUCUGUAGUUUCAAUUUGCAGAGUGAAAAAAUAGUCGGUGAUCUGAGUUGGGCUCUCUCUCAUGGCUCAGUGCAGCUUCUACUCUGCUCUCUCAUCUCAACUUCCUCGGAUCCCAAUCCCAAAUCUCUCCUUAUAUUCUUCCCUUAAAUCGGACUCCCAAAUACCCGAUCUGAGUAAGCGGGCCGCCGUAAUCAGACCCGCCAUCGAAACCCCGAUCACCGCCGCCGCCGCGGACGGAACCAAAGUGUUCGUGGUGUCGGAUUUGCACACGGACUACCCGGAAAACAUGUCCUGGGUCAAGUCCUUACCCCGUCGCACCCACGACAAUGACGUGCUCGUUGUCGCCGGUGACGUGGCCGAGACCUCCGCCAAUUUCGUUCAAACCAUGUCCUUUUUGAAGGAUAAGUUUCGCCAUGUCUUCUUCGUGCCCGGCAAUCACGACCUUUGGCUCCGGCGAGAGGAAACUCCCUUCUUGGAUUCUGUUGAUAAGCUGGAGAAAUUGCUCGACGAAUGUCGAAAAAUCGGAGUAAUUACUAAGCCCACCAUUGUUGGUGGUUUGGGAAUCAUCCCAUUAUACUCUUGGUAUCAUGAGAGCUUCGAUGCGGAAAAGGACAUAACCGAAUUCCGUAUUCCGUCAUUGGAGAUGGCCUGUAAGGACUUCCAUGUAUGCAGAUGGCCCGAUGGACUGCAAAAUCGAGAUAAUUCUCUUGCUCUGUAUUUUGAUUCUUUGAAUGACGAAAAUUGGGAAACAGUUGAAGAUAUCCUGACUAGAUGCAGCCACAUUAUUUCGUUUUCUCACUUUGUUCCAAGGCAAGAGUUGUGCCCAGAAAAAAGAAUGCUCUACUAUCCCAACCUUCCAAAAAUAAUCGGCUCCAAUUAUCUCGAGACACGAAUAAGAGCUAUACAUGGAGCUGAAGGUGGGCCAUCCGCAUGCCAUGUUUUUGGUCACACGCAUUUUUGUUGGGAUGCUAUAAUCGAUGGUAUCAGGUAUGUGCAAGCACCAUUAGCUUACCCCAGAGAAAGAAGAAGAAGAAUGAAUGGAGGCGAAAACUGGCUGCCGUUUUGCAUUUACUAUGGAAAUUUUGAGGGGAGGCUUUCACCGUGCUAUUGGUCGGAUUAUUACUCUGUCAAUCCUAGGACGCCAGAUAAUACUCAGCUCGCACCGUGGGUAGCUAGGUUUUACACGAAAAAAGAGCUUGAUUCGUGAUAUUGUAUUAACUUCUGAAAUUUCGAAAAAAAAAAUAAAAAAAUCAUAUGGUUGUCAUGAAUUAUUGCUUCUUGGCGUAAAAUGUACUCCUGUCUCUUUCAAAUUUUGUACUCCUUCAUAUUCAAAUUUUGUGUAGUUUAAGAUUUGGUCACAUGUAUUAAGAAA